UUCCCUUGCCUAUCGGGAGCUCUGCGGGCUCUGUGCGCCGGAAGCGGGCCCGUGGCCGGGUUGCGGUCAGGUGUUGCGUCUCAGGAAAAGGCUAACGGCUAGAUUGUAAGAAAAACCGAAGCCAUGUUUCGAAGACCUGUGUUACAGGUGUUCCGUCAGUUUGUAAGGCAUGAGUCUGAAGUGCCCGGCGGUUUGGCUCUUGAACGAUCUCUGAACCGUGUCCAGUUACUUGGGCGAGUUGGGCAGGACCCUGUCAUGAGACAGGUGGAAGGAAAAAACCCGGUCACGAUAUUUUCUAUGGCAACAAAUGAGAUGUGGCGGUCAGGGGAGAGUGACACAUACCAAAUGGGUGACGUCAGUCAGAAGACAACGUGGCACAGAAUAUCAGUUUUUCGACCAGGCCUCAGAGAUUUGGCAUAUCAGUAUGUGAAAAAGGGGGCUCGCAUAUUUGUGGAAGGGAAAGUGGACUAUGGCGAAUACAUGGAUAAAAAUAACGUGAGGCGGCAGGCAACGACGAUCAUAGCUGAUAACAUUAUAUUUCUGAGUGACCAGAUAAAAGAAAAGGCAUAGAGCGGAUGAUUCUUCUUUGAUCAUUGUUUGCUACAGUCUCCUUUCCAAAUCAUGUAUAGUCUAUAGUUUAAACAUAAAGAUUAAAAAUUUUUAUAUAAAAUGAGUCAUAAUAUUUUUCC